CUUCCGCUCAAACGUCAAAGCGAAAAGCACGGCGAGAAGUAGAAGUUUGUUUGGUCAAGGUUGCAGAUUUAACAGAUCCCUUUGUUCGUGCAGCUGUAAAUGUAAAGUAUGUUGCUGCUGUGUUAGUCCCCAGCAUAAUCAUGGGUAAUCGUAAGAGCAGCCACAAGGCAGGGGGCUACAGUGUCACAUUACCACGCUUUACUCGAGCUUGGGAUUUGCUGUAUUCUGGAGAUGUUCAGUUAUGGUCGCCAGUUGCAGGUAGCUAUGGAUUUGACAGUUAUGGUUAUGGCUGUCGUGAAAGAAAGUGACUGUGACAGGGAAUCUGUUUGUCUCCAGUAUAUUCGAGCCGUCUACAACAAGAACAGGAAAUAUGUGGAUAUUGAAAGGUUCAAGCAGCCUGUAAUACAGAUUCCUGUAGACCGCUGCUUUGAGUUCCAGCGACUGAUCUCGGCCGGGCAUGAACUCAAUCAGGUGGCUGCUGCAUAUCAGGACCACUUGGUGCUGUUAGUGCUCCACCAUGUCAAGGAUCUUGUCGUCAUUUCUGCAUUCCCAUUGGUCAAUCUUCAUACCAAAAGUGUCCUAGGUAUUCUUGCAUCACCUCGCAAGAACAUGACAAUUAUCCAUUGUGAUUUCACCCCUGACCUAAAACAGACUGCCAUUUUGUUUUAUUCAUGCUCUGGAGAGAUGAGAUUCUGUUAUGAUCUGUACAUAUAUUCAAAUGAAACAACAGAAAUUAUAAAAUAUGUCACCUUGAACCACGAAGUGCAGCCGUACGUGGCCUUCGAUCCGAGAUACGGCUGGUCACGUAUUGCGGUGGCUAAUUAUGAGUGUAAGGAAGAAGGUAUUAAUCAUGAACUUGUUGUAUUUUCCUUAGACGAAUGUAAGGCUCUCCAAAGAAGUAAACUCUCCCUGCCGACUUUGUUUGGCAGCAGUCGAUACAAUCUCCUCUACAGCAAGGAUGGCACAUUACUCAUUCUUCAAAAACUCACUGAGGACCGGUUUGGUGUGACGUCGUAUUCCGACAUCUACAUCUUCAAUUCAGAUCACAUGCGCCUAUUCAAAUACAUCACAUCCUCUCUCCCUGGGCUGUUUAACAUUUGUCGUGUCAAUUACGAGCCAGUCUUCUCGAAGUGCGGCAGUUACAUGAGAAUCCUGGACCACAAGCACAACACGGAAGACCAGGGUGUGACCGUACAGAUCUACCAGCUACCACGGAUCAUCAGCCUGCAGAGUCAGUGUCGGAUUGUCAUCCUCAACAGUCUACAGCGGGAAGAGGAUGUUGGGGCUCUCCCUCUACCCAACAGGAUCAUGGGCUUUCUGAUGUUUAAACCACAGUUUUAGUGUGUGUGAGGAUGAAGCUGGGUUACAACUUUAUAAUCCGGAAUUUUCUCUGUUCGGUUUUCCAAAACUGUUGAGCAUCACUCAAUUCUCUCAUACAAAAAUAAGUUUUGGCUAUAAUUAAUGUGUCAUGGCAGGACAGGUUAACUACAGUAAUGUGAAAGAAUCUAAUUUGUUUGUCAUUAAUGUUUUCGUUUAAUAUGUCAGGAUAAAUACAUGGAACAGUUCACCACCACAACUUCAUUCGGAAGUGACAUCACCAUUUCAAUUAAACAGACUUAGUAAAGGAAAAAAGGAAGAAAAACAAUGAGAAUUCCUCUAUCACAGAAGUAAUUGAAUUGGAAUGCUGUACAUGUAGUACGGCCAUUGGAAUCCAGUUCAAGACAAAGCGAUGAUAGUAAAUGAGUCCAGAGUGUUAUCAUGACAGAAGACAAAAUGUAAUCAUAGAGAAUGCUUUGUUGGCUACACCAGGUGUAUCAGAUCCACAUUAUAUUCCUUGUGUCUGAAACAUUGAAGUUUAUUCACCUCAUUGCACUGAACACAUGAGCAAACAUUAAGUUUAAGUACACUUAUAGAUAGAGGUGUGACGAUACGGAAAUGUCACGAUACAAUAUGUAUCGCGUUAUCUUGGAAAGAUACGAUUCGAUGCAUAUCACGAUAUGCUAUCUUUAGAUAUUUUCUAUAAAAAGUAUAUUUUGAUAGCCAGUAACAGUGUAAAUUUUUACAUAACCAUCAAUUUCUAGUGAACAUAAACAAUUUUAAGGUCAACGAUACAUAUCACGAUACGAACAGAAGUAUCAAUAUAUUUAUCAUCAGAUAAUGUAUCACAAUUAUCGAUACUACGAUAUAUUGUUGCAGCUCUACUUGUUAAGGCCAGAUUAAGUUCAGAUAUACAUGUUUAGGGUAGAUUAAGCUCACUUAUAAAUGUUAUGGCUAGAUAAUGUUCACUGUUAGAUGUUAAGCUAGAUAAAGUUCACUUAUAAAUGUUAUGGCUAGUAUACCAGUACAUAAAGUUCACUUUAAAACAUGGACAUUAAACCGGAUUACGUUCACUUAUAAAUGUUCUGUUUAGAUUAACUUCACUUGUAAAUGUUGAGAUCAGGUUAAGUUAACUUAUAGACGUUAAAGCCAGAUAUUUUCGCAUGUUUUAGAAUAGGGUCAUCCUUUCAGUAAGGAAUAAUUUAUGCAAUAUCCAAAAUGUCAAAUGUGUAACUUGUAUUCCAUUCGAAAUAACUAAGUUUACUUGACAGUCUCCAAACUUAUAUUCAUGUGUAAGGAUUUACUGCCAUGAAAGAACGAAAGAAAAUAAUAAAUAAUAUACAUAACCUGGGACAGUUAUAAUUCCUCUAGUCAGCAUGGUCAGUGCGUGAUAUUGUUGAUUAAUUCCUAAAUGUGCAAAAAUAACUUUUAUUAAUCCAGUACUGCCAGUAGUUUUAUAGCUAUAACUAGUCAAACAUGUUGUUAAAGAGAUCAAUGGUAGUUUCAUUCACAAGUUUGUUCCCCCCUAAGAGACACAAGUAGUUAAGUCUACAUCCACAAGCUCAAAGAUUUUAUAGUACAGCAAUAUUUAACCACAUGAUGUUGUGGAAGUAUUAUUUGGCAAUAUCAUCAGCUGUCGUUGUCAUUGUCAUAAUCUUCAUGUUAACAAUCUCCAAUUAUCCAAUCAUUUUGGCCAAACAUUUGGGGGGGUUUACAGAUUUUUGGCUAAACAUUCAUUUCAGUUGUUAAAACCUCGAUUUCAAGUUUGAAUGAAUUUUGGUUUACUGUUGUGACUUGAAGUUUGUGUUUUGAAGGUUUUGAAAUGAAUUUUCAGUAGGUUUCAAUUGAAGUAUUUUGAAUAAUUCAUCCGUUUUAACGAUGAAAGUAAAUGAGUAUUCCAUCCAAAGAUAUAACACAGAAUAAUCAAGAAUGUAUUAGAACAUGUGCAUCCCACUGAAUAUUAACUGUUCCUGUUGAUUGUACUACAAUAGCAACAAUAUGAAAUGCUUAUAUAAUGAGUUUUGUCGGGUCAAUUUAAGUGUUGAUGAUAACGAUUUUAUGACAUGAGUUUUUAGUUAUUAUCAUAAAGGGGUUGUACAAGGGACUUGUGUCUCACUUAUAACGUAAGGAUAAAGAGGAAGAGACUUUAAUGCUUAGUUUUAUUGCAUCGACUGCAAUGCUGAAGUUAGAUAACUCUGAAUUUAUGAAAAUAAUAACCAUGAUAUAAUCUUAGUUUUAAACCAAUUAAGCAGUUCUUAAACAGGAAUCCUAGAUUCUGUUCUUGCUAGUUAUACAGGGAUGGCAAUUUUAUGCUGAUCCACAGGUUUCUGCCAAUUUUAUUUCAGAUUGAUCAUUCUGAACCCCUAUUUGAUGACACAAUAUUAAGUUUUCACCUGAAAAUAGAUUUUCCUGCUGCCAUCCCUG